CACGCAUUCGUAUACCGUAUACAUGUUUCUUAAAAGAACCGUUACUUGAUUGAUCUUACGUACACGUCAGGUUUGAUAUGAUGAAAUCUUACUACGGUGAAGCAGCGACCGAUUUACCAUCGAUAAACGUGGCUAAAACGACGAAAAUGGAUGGAAGCCUUUGCGGAGAACGCGAGCGCGAUUUUCGUGGGUUCCCUGUCGAUUUCCGAGACACUCUGCGACUCCCACGUGGAUCGGAAACGCGUAGUCACGGAAAGUGUACCUCGUUGUUGAACGUCCGUCCAGAAGAUCGACAGGCAAUGUAUCACAUAAUAAAACGAUUAAUUGUUUGCCAUUCGGACAUGAUCAACGAAGACGUAAUAAUCGAAAACUGGAGAAUUGCCUUAGCAAAUACUGCAAUAUAAAUCCACAACACAA